CCUGGAGCCCCCAGCUGCCGGCGGCCACAGAAUGACUGGACCGGGAGAUGGGUGUCCAGCCCAGGACCAGAUUCUCAGGGCCAGGGAGGGGCCAAGGCUGGGCCUGAGGCCUGAACGGGUCACUGGGCAAGGACCUUCCAGCUUGAAGGAUGAAGACUUGCCUUUAAGGAUGACAACUGAUCUCUUCUUGACUCUAGGCCCUACUUCCCCCUCUGAGGUCUGUCCUCAUUCUAGAGAUUCCCAGGACAGAGACUUAUGCAGUAACUGGCAGUGUUACCCUUGGGGUAGAGUGUCAUUGUUUCCCACUCUAACCUGUCCUCAAGCCCAUUCAACCAUCACCCUCUUGCUUUCUCAACCUAUUCCUUCACCCAAGGGACUCUCUUCUUCUCCAGCCCACCCCCAAUCUCCUUUGUCUUGGUUUUCUGGUCAUGUCUCCCUGUUCCCUCCCACCCCCACAUCCCUACCAUCCUCCCAGCUAUCCCAGCACCCUCCUUCCUAAUCUUGGGAGGCAUCUCGUCUGUCUGAACUGGAGAAUUCCGGGAUCUAGGCCAUACUCCUAGCAGACAGCCCCAUCCUUGGGAAGAGGAACAAGAGAGAGCCUGAGGAAGAACUAGGGGUAGAAGGUGGGAACAAGGUCAAGCCAAGAGGCCCCUGAGGAAAGAGACUGUAGGGAGACUGGAACUGAGGAGAAAGCAAAGUAGUUAGAGCCAGGGCCAAAGGAAAGAGGGGGGUGGCAGCAGGGAGGUAUUUGCGGGGGAGGCUCAGCAGCUGUCUUUCUUAAGACAGGGACACAUGGGCCUGGUUAUUUUUCUUGUCACAUGUGGAGUGGUAAGAGAUGGAAGAGGGCAAAAGACAGGGCAAGCUCAGGGCAUGGACACAGAGGUAAGUGGGUUUAGUUGUCCAAGCCCUUGGGCCCCAGCAGAAGAACACCUGGACCCAGGCUUAACCCAGCACACACCCCUCACCCUCCAGUCCCUUCAAACUGUCCACACCCUUUCUCCAUACCAUGACCCCUAAUAAGAUCUUUCUUCAAUAUAGGCAAUGCCCAGAUUCCAUUUGGGAAAGGGGAAUUACAAGAUGAGACUCCCUAGGGAGUUGUAGGAGAAACCUGGAUUUUGACAGCUGGUAUGGUGUUCAGAGAGAAGAAAUUUGAAUAGCUAAGAACUGAAAACCUCAUCAAUCUGAAGCAAGACUUCCAUGCCUUUUCCCUCAGGACAAACAUGUCCUGCCAGCUAUCUCCUGGACAGAACCUCUAUUCCUUUCCCACCUCUCUCCCAGCCAGCUCCCAGGUUUCCAUCUUCUAGGAAAAGAUGGAUCCCCCUAUGCAAAUCCUCCCUGUGGUGUGUGGGGGUGGAGGAGCUGGGCUCCAUUAGUGGACCAUGGUCCAGGCAGGGGCUCCAGGUCCAGCUUGGAUAGGAGGAGAAGGCGUCACUUCCGGGGACUUCGCCAGUGUCUGGUGGCUCUCUGCUCUCUGAUUGGGCAAAAGUGGCCCGGUCAAGCCUGUGACCCCACUGCAGUGGAGGGGCUGUGUCCCAACGCCACAUGUCUUUCUACUCAUCUGCUCCCCAGAGUGCUGCCUGCUGUGCACCUGGGUCCUUAAGCCCUUCUCUACCGGGUGAGUGGCAAACAGGGUUUGGGGUUAAGUGAGGGUAUGAAAGACAGGAAAAGAAGAGUUGGGCUCUAAGCUGGGGGAGGGGCAAGCAAACUGGAACCUACACGCACUGACCUUUGUCGAGAAGAGUGGAGCCUUCCCAGAAUGGGAGGAGCAGGACAGGGCAGGGGUAGGGGGUGGGGUGCUGGUUUCUGAAGGACUGAUCACAGACUUAGUGGAAUAGAGCACAGGCCUCCCAAGAUCAAGGAAAGGAGACACAGGCCCAGGGAGAAAAUAAGAAAGGAGGUACAUGUAGGGUUAGAAAACACAGCACUAAAAUAGACGCGGUCCAAACCCCAGUCUUACCGGCUCAUUUUUUGUUAGCUUAAAGUUCUGAAUCCUGGGACUGGGGAAGCUGGGUCAGGCAAGCCAGGGCACAAGGAGAAAAUAAAGGGAGGAGGGCUCAUGCAUGUUGACAGACCUACAGGAAAUCCCAAUAUUGAAUCAGGUGCAGGCCUCUUUGCACAACUUGUGAAGGGAGGAGGAAACCAUGUGGGGGGUCUUGAGAAGGAAUCAGAAGGGGUCUGCAGAGGGGGCAGGGAAGCAGGUGUAGCCAUAAGUCAGAUAACUUGGCCAGUCAGUGUCUAAAGUAAGGUAAGCCAUGUAAGGUGGGCAUCACCUCACUAAGCUGUUGCUCAUUCCUGGGCCACUUGCCUCAGGAAGGAAAUCCCAGGACUAUUAGUUCAUCUCUUUAACUUGGAUAAUAGGAUAUAUCAGAACUUGGAAUGCAAAGAAAAACUCCAGGAGACUAUAUGGGUAGGGUAAAUAGAGAUAGAAUGAGAGGUCAAUGACUAUGGUACCCCCUUUUAAUCCAUGUCCUCCUGUGGUCCCAGUUAUAUUUCUGCCCAACACGGAAGCCACACUGCAACACAUCGUGCAUAUUUUCAACUUCCUGAUCCUUGCUCUGGAUCCUGUUUUCCAUUCUUCAGGCUCCCUUCUCUAACCCGAUCCCAGAUUUCUUCCAACCUAACAACUAAGGUUACUCAGAAUUUGAGGCCAAUAAAGGUGUGUGUGUGUGUGUGUGUGUGUGUGUGUGUGUGUGUGUAUGCACACAAGAGUGCAUAUCAUGUUCUGCUGCCCUCAGCGUGUAUGUGGGUGGAAGGACCAAACCAGUACCAGAGUCACUGAGGACCCCUGACAAGGUCAGGAGACACCAUAUGCUGUGAUCACAAGAAAACUUGGGAGCCAUCAGAACUUUAGUAGCUCAAGCUCUCCCAGCAUCUGUUCCCCCUGCCAGGCAGUCUUUUUCUUGAAACUUGAUAAAAUAUUCACCAAUUUUGUAACUUUCAGGAUAGUUUCCAGACUGUCUUCCUCGGCCCACCAGUGCCCCACCCCACUCUGCCCAGAAGUGCAAAGAGCCCAAGCCGCCUCCAUGGCCCCAGGAAGGAUUCAGGGGAGAGGCCCCAUACAGGGAGCCACUCCAGCCAGACACCCUAGCCAGAAUGGAGCUGACUGACUAACUCUGUCCAGCCCGGCUCCUCCUGCCUGUGACCCCCGACUUCUAAAUAAACUGCUUCGUGACUCCCACGUCCUUCACAGCAGACUGGUGAGAAUUCCCAAGCACUAGCUUCUCUAUCCACUUAACUGAGCCAGUGCCCAGACAUCAAUCCUUUGUCCACCCCUGUCCUGCUACCUGCUGUGGAUUUUAGCUUGGGAGAAUGGAAAACCCAGACGGAGCAGACCAAGGCAGAGGACAUUCUGGGAGCAGUGACCCUUCUACUGGAGGGAGUGAUAGCAGCACGGGGACAGUUGGGUCCCACCUGCCUCUCAGCUCUCCUGGGACAGCUUUCUGGACAGGUCCGACUCCUCCUUGGUGCCCUGCAGGGCCUCCUUGGAACCCAGCUUCCUCCACAGGGCAGGACCACAGCUCACAAGGAUCCCAAUGCCAUCUUCCUGAGCUUCCAACAACUGCUCCGAGGAAAGGUGCGUUUUCUUCUGGUUGUAGGAGGACCUGCCCUCUGUGUCAGGCGGUCCCUGCCCACCACAGCUGUCCCAAGCAGUACUUCUCUAUUCCUCACACUGAACAAGCUCCCAAACAGGACUUCUGGAUUGUUGGAGGCGAACUUCAGUGUCUCAGCCAGAACUACUGGCUCUGGACUUCUGAGCAAGCUGCGGGGAUUCAGAGCCAAGAUUCCUGCUCUGCUGAAUCAAACCACCAGGUCCCCAGACCAAAUCACUGGAUACCUGAACAGGACACACAGACCUUUGAAUGGAACUCAUGGACUCUUUCCUGGAGCCUCACCAGGGACCCUAGAAGCCCCAGACAUUCCAUUAGGAACUUUGGGCACAGGCUUCCUGUCACACAACCUCCAGACUGGAUCUUCUCCUUCCCCAACCCAUCCUCCUACUGAUCAGUACACACUCUUCUCCCCUUUACCCACCUUGCCCACCCCCAUGGUCCAGUUCCACCCCCUGCUUCCUGACCCUUCUGCCAACCCUACUAACCCCCUUCCAACCAGAGCCCAUCCUAACUCUCCAAAUCUGUCUCAG